GAUGAUUUUCUGCCUUGUCUUAUUUAUGUUGUGUUAAAAGCAAAUCCUACAAUGUUACAUUCUAAUGUACAGUAAGUAUCAUAAUCAUUGAGUCUCAUUUUUUAACAUUCAAACUCACACCAUAUUAUUUUCCACGUCAAUAUUAAUCAAUUUUCAUUGCUUCCAGUGCCUAUUGCCAAUCACAGAUUGGCUGACACUACUGCAUGGUUUAUUUUCUACAGGUAUAUUUCCAGAUUUUGUAAUCCAAAUAAAUUAAUGAUGGGAGAAGCUGGAUAUUACUUUACAAACCUGGUAGGUACAUAUUGUGACCCUGUACAUAAAGGCUAUGUGCGUUAUGAUUUUAUUCAAUCUGUUAUGGUUUGCGUGCAUUAUGCUGUCAUCGCUAAUGAUGAACACAUUAGAUUAAAAUUUCUUACCUUGCAUUAAUUUGUUUAGGCAUUUUAGAAACCUGUAGCAUAAGUUUGUAAGUGGAAGUACAAGCACAUACACUGUACAUUGUAACUAAAUCUAUGUUACAUGAAAUGUACAUGGUGAAGUUUACGUUUUUCAUUAAAGGACAUUUCACUGGAUGGAAUAGAAUAAUGUUAAGAGAAAUUAUAGUUGGAUUCAUUCUCUUUCCAGCCCUUACCAUUAAUGAAUGAAACAUGUUAGCCAUUACUAGCAAAAAAGUCUAGACAAUAAAACAAUUGUCCAGAAAGAGGCAGACAGUUAAAUUUUGUUGUGCUUUUUUUUUUACCUUUUUCAUAGUACAAUGUACAUGUAUUACUUCUAAAAAUCGUUUCCUUACAGAACAGUGUAAAAGUUGUAUUAUUUUUUCUUGACAGUGUUGUGCUGUAUCAUUUAUUGAGAAGCUUGAUGCUCAAGCAUUAUCCAUAACUCAGGAAGAGUUUAACAGGUUCGAAUACCAUUUUUGUUUUCAACCAUUGAUUGGUAAAAGCAGAUAGAACAUGGUACACAAUAAUAUUAUUAUCAAUGACUGAUUACCUAAUAGAAUGCUUCAAUUUUCUGUGAUAUUUUAGAAACAUGUACGGCGAUGAAACAGAUAGCUCAGAACAGAGUAAAGCUAAAGCUGAACCACCAGUGACAUGUAAAGGACUAGAACUUAUGAAGGUAAAUCACAAUCUGCCUUAAAUACAACUAUUAUUGAAUGUGUAUAAGAUUCCUGUUCCCAAAACAGCCUUUUUCCCACCACAACAUCUACCCACGUGAAAUUUCCUCUGAAAUUUUAAGAGGUAUUUUACAUCUGAAGAGGAGUGAUGGGGUUUGAGGGAGCUAUGUAUAAAGCUCGAUGAUGUUUGUUGGGAAGUCAGUGAUGUUUUUGUUAUUCAUUCGUUUGUGCAGAUUUUGUUUUAGUUGCAGCCAGUAACUACUGUAUAUUUUUAUCACUUUUGACAUAAUGAUGUUCUCAUUAUUGUUAUCUUGUUUUUGCAGUCCAAUCUUGAAAUGCUUGGAACACUACGAGAAAGACAGAUAAAACUUAGAGAGGAUGCACUUGUGCUACAAGAACAGAUGACAGAAUUUAGGAACAAUGUUGUGAAAGAGGUACUUGCAAUUUUCCCAAAGGGGGAAAGUGUGUUCCAAGAUAUUGUCAUUGUGCAUGAUGUUUAUCAAAUAAAUAGUGUAGGUUAGUGGCCUUAGUUCUUAUGAGCUGAGUCUUCUGUUGCUCAGUUGUAGAACAUUUGGGCUAGUAACCUGGCUCCCAUUAUUCAAAAGGUGGGUAACGUUUUCCACCGGAUGAAUCUCUAUCCACUGGAUAGCGCAAUAAUAUUGGUUUCCCAAAUCCUUAUCUGCUGGAUAGUGAUGGUUCUUUUGAACAACCUGGGCCAGGAGGUCAUAGGUUUGAUUCCUGUUGGGAGGGCUCAGAUUUUUAUUCCAAGCUGCCUGUGUCGCUGACUGAAAUAACGUCAUUUUCGUUAAUUUUGUUGUUUAAAAUUUAGGUUGAUGCUAUCUUAGCUGGUACAAGUAAAGGUAAUAUGUACUUCAAACCAACACUAUCAUCAACUGAUCAACAACCUUCAACAUCAGUUGUGGCAAGCUGACAAAGUGGAUAAAAAUGGAUGAAAGAAAAUUGAGGAUGUGAAGGUUAAGGGAGUUUUACUUUAAGACACAGAUUAUGAUAAUCUAACGAUACAACACAUGUUUGGAUAUCAACUGCUUGGAUGCUUUUUGUACAGUAAGCUGAUCAUCAAUAUUGAAAGAUGACAUCAAAGGCAGGGAAGCUCUGCUAGAAGAUGCUGAUUUGGCUAAUUAAAGUGAUAGUGCAAGCAUUGGGAUAAUUGUACAGAGUAAUAUUGCAACUACAAGAAAGCCAAGUGAAGAACACUCAGGCAAACAAGUUUUGCUCCAAUGUGAUUAAAGCAAACUUAGGCAAUGCAGAAAUACAGUAGUUAGCACCAUGGGCAAAUCUUGUAAGGGUAACUGGAGAAAUCGAAGACAGCACUGGAAAAAGGAGAUGACCAAUCAACGUCAGUCAUUAUUUGCAAAUUUUAUAUUUAUUGUCCAUACUGCUUUUAAAACAGGUUUUCUAUUAAAAUACAGAUGUGAAAAUAUGAAAUAAUUUAUAUUCAUGUUACUAUUUUGAUUGGGAUGAUAAAGUGAUAGAAUAUAAGAAAACAAUGUUUUUGGUUCUUACCUGAAUGGAGUCGGACCAGUUUUGUGAGAAAUCUUGAUCUGUUAAGAGUUUUCUCGCCCUUUUUUGUUUUUUUGUUCUUCUAAAUAAUUAUUCAUUACUCCUAGCAUUCCAGCACAUUAUAGCUAACUCUCUGACCGUUGAGGAAUUUUUUUUUAUGAUUUUUGUAAGUGUUUUGUCAGUUUAGGGAGAGGGGGCUAACAGAUGAGGGAAAGAAACUGCUUAUUAAAAUAUAUAUUAAAUAU